AUGCAAGAGAUUAGUUUUUUUUCGAUGACGAUCCAGAGAAUAGUUCUGAUGACGGAAAUUUCCGAAGUUAUUGAAUCUGCAAAAAGAUCACAAGCUCCAGACACCCCGUCACAGUUUAUGGUUCCUCACUGCUGCCAUUACAAUAACAGCACCGAAGAUUUCAGUUGCUGCUUCAAUAUUUCAAGCAACAAAUUUCACCAUUUGAGUCAACUAGAUGCUCAAGGGAAGAGAAUAUGCGGAUCAUCAGGUGGAUGGCUAAUUAUAGUCGGAAAUAAUCUUGAAAUCUUUAUGUUAAAUCCUCUCACCAGAGCCCAAAUCCAGCUUCCCUCAGUCUCUUCUUUUCUUGAUCAAGCAGACGCAUCCAUGCAAGUCUUGGGCAAAGCAUCAACUGUUUUGAUUCAUAAAGCUAUUCUAGUUUCGAAUCCUGCUGGCAACUUGGAAGGUUAUAGUGUCAUGGUAAUUUAUGGAGACUCCAGAAAACUAGGGUUCCAUAAAGAAGGAGACCAUUCGUGGACUUCGCUUCAAGAUGCUGGGUCUUUUUAUGAUGAUGCUGUACUCUGUGACAAGGUCUUGUAUGCUGUAAACGAGUGUGGAAAAGUUAAUGCCAUUAGGGAACUGGGUAAUUCCCCAGUGGUGGAAGAGAUGGUGCCACCAUGGUUCUUUCAGGGUAACAAGGUGUAUCUCGUGGAAUUAGACGAGGAGCUCUAUAUAGUUAUUCGGUUUCUGGAACAGAGUCCGGAUUUUGGCUAUAGAACGCGUAAUUUUAAGGUUUAUGAGGUUGAUUUUUAUGUGAAACUACAUGACAGGAUCAGAGGCAUAGGCGAAUGGGCAAUUUUCCUAGGCCAUAAUCAAUCAGCAUCACUGUCGACUCGUCGUGUUGAAGGACUGAAAGAAAAUUGCAUCUACUUCACUGAUGAUAACACAGAUGGAUAUAAGGAUGGCAUUUUUGGGGGGCAUGACACAGGUGUGUUUCACUUGGAUGAUGGGAGUAUCGAGCCAUUGUAG